UUUAACGGCGCUCUUGCAAAAGCACGCAGAAUAAGAGUUUAUUUUCGGCUUUUUCAAUUGUUGACAGCUUAGUGUUUUCAAUGUGCGUGCAGGGGCACCCGCACUCUAACGUGAGCGAGAAAGAAACAAAAGCUACACACCAUGCUAAUCUCUCGCUCUUUCUGGCGGGCGUUUAAUUUUAGAGCGCCCAGAAUUUCGAGAACAAAGUCUAUCAGUCCUCGCGAGGCACCGCCCGAUUCGAUAAACUCCAAUAUUGAUUUUAAAUUAAUUGUUAUCCUCGACCAUGGACCCUGAGACGAUUCGGAAGAAAGGUUCGGCCCUGCUGAAGGACGGUGUCUAUUUAGAAGCGGUGGCAAAUUUUACCAAGAGCAUCGCUCUGGCUACGGACGAAUCCUCCAAAGGUCUCGGCUACGCCGCCCGAAGCGCCGCCCUUCAGGCAACAGGACACUUCAUUCAGGCCAUCGAAGACGCCCGUCGCGCCCUGACACACAACUACCCUGAGAUUCUCAGGUACCAGCUACACCUGCGGACGGCCGAGUGCUGGAAGGCGUUGGGCCGAGUGUCCGAGAGUGACGAGAGCCUUUGCGAGGCCCAGAGGUCCAUUCGGGACGGCCCGUUGUCCGAGAAGAAAAAGCAAGAGUUGCUGGAGGCGGUCAGGGAGGAGAAAAAGGAUCCCAGGUCGGCGCCAGGGCUGAGUGUCCGGUACCUGAAAGCGCCCCCGUUGAGCCACGGCGCCAGGACGGACAACGAGAGACUUUCCAAUGCGGUCGAGGUGAAAAAUGACUCAAAGUUCGGCAGGCACUUAAUUGCGGCAAGAGACAUUAACACAGGGGACGUUUUAGUAGUGGAGGAUCCAGUCAUUUCAUUUCUCAUUGAGACAGAAAAUCUUGAAAAGGGUAAUAAGGAGGCAAUUUGGACGCACUGUUCACACUGCUACAAAAUGUGCCUCACUUUGGAGCCCUGCAAAAGUUGCAAAUGGGCUCUUUACUGCAGCACCGAGUGUGAAGAAUCGGCCUGGCGUGGCUACCACAAGGACGAGUGCCGCAUGCGACGCAAAUACGAUGCCCUGAAGGCCCCGUCCGACCCUGACAGCACCAGUUCGUGGGUGCGGAUCAUGCUGAAAGUGCUGUCCACCUUCCCUGACCCAAAGAUAUCCGAAGCGCUUUCGCUGCUGCCGGAUGUUUUCCCUGACGAGAAAAUGGAGCGCGUCGGAAAAUUGGCGCAGACCUUGUGCAGGGUUUGCUGCGAGGACUGCGAGGAGCAGCAAAGGUUGGCGGGGGUUUGCGUCAGGGCGCUGCUCGUCUUCCAGCGCAACUCGUACACCAUAGACGAGAGCCACGUGGUCCCCUCGGCGGACGCCUUCCGCCUGCGACAGGUCAUCGGCAGGGGUUUGUACCCGACGGUGGCGCUCAUCAACCACUCGUGCGACGCCAAUGUCACCAGGGUGUUUCACCUCGGCACGCAGGUUGUCAAAGCUAUUCGACCCAUCAAAAAGGGCCAACAGAUAUUCGGCAGCUACGGCCCUGAUUACGGAGGAAUGCCCAGGUCGCGAAGACAAGCGAUCCUGCGAGAAAAAUUUUACUUUGAGUGCGACUGCGACCCCUGCCAGUCAAAUUGGCCUCUGAUCGCGACCACCAUGGGAUACGUACCGGAAUUCCUGAGAAAGCCAUCGAUUUUGCCCCUCCUUAGAGAAGUGGUGCAAAAGGUGAUAGUAGGAAAAACUAUUCAAGGACGCAAUUACUCGGCAAUCAUCAACGAGGAAAUUUUGAACAAAUGCUUGGCCCUCCAAAAAUUGUACUUUGAGGCGGGAGAAUCCAGGGUCGAUUGGAUUUACUUUUUCACUGAAAAAUUCAUCGUCAGCAACUUUGACCUUUCAGCUAAAAUAUGGGUGGCUAACAAAGGGGAAAUGGGAGAUUCGUAUUUGUCAGCGUUCAACGAAGAGACAAUUUUUCAAGCCGAUUGAAACAUACGGACAUUUGAAGAGUCAAAGAUUUGCCUAAUUUAAUUUUGAUUAUUUUGAAAAUCAAGAAGAACAAACUUCCAUCAAGAGCAAAAAUAUUACAAAAAUCGGCAAAAAUUUUUAAAUUUAAAUAAAAAUUGUAAAAUUUUUCAUUUUAAAUUUUAGGUUUUUAAAAUUUACAUUUUUUUUAAAAAUUUCUUUCAUAUGACUCACAAUCAGUCAGACUGGCUGCGUCUUUAAUUACUAUAAUUUUUUUUUUAAUUCUUUAAUAUUGGCUGUUUUAGAGCUAAUUUCUGUAUUGACCGAGAAGAAUAAAUAGUAAUAACAAAAAUAAAUGAAUAUAUCAAAUGAU